GUCACGCAGCUACGACAGCCAAUGGGAGCCGCAGGCUGUGCGCAUGGCGCUGGAGCCUUCAGCGGAGCUCGCCCGCAGGCUGCCAGUCUGGGCCCGCAGCCGCACGGUGUGCAGAGAUCACGCCAACAUUAACAAAGAAACGAGCGGCGGCGGCGCGCGGUGGUGACACCCAGCUGGCGGCGGUAGUGACACACCAUGAGCGGGCUCUGAGCACAACAGUUACAUAUCAACUACGCACUGAUAGCUUAAGUCUAACGUAUACUCUCGCACAAACAAACUCUAUCUACCCGUACCUUUAGAAGUGAAUUUUUGAAUUGUAUUUCGAUAAGUUAGUGUUCGUUUUGUAAGUUGCGUGGGGCUUCGCCCCCGACUCGUGACCGUGGAGGAGGAAGGAGCGCUGUUGGGGCGGCUGCAAGGCGCGCUGCGAGGCGGCGUCGCGGCGGCCUCGCCCUCCCGAGUGGCCAGCUCCCUCCGAGGAUACCUCAGCGAUAAGGUGCACUCUCUGCAGCUGAGAGACUCAGGUUCCGAACUCCCACUCGAGGCUCGCUGCGAGGUGCGCCCUUCGUAAAUGAAUCCAGCAGUUACGGUUCAAGACACACCGACGCGAGCGGCCAUAAGAAAACCCGUGCAAACUACAAUGAGAGUCACUGGCAACCACACCCACUAGAUCAAAUAAAAAAUUGCAAUCAUGGCGGAGGAAGGGCCACAGACAAUAUGGCAGAAAAUAGACAGCACGAUGGUUCCUUUUGUCAACUUAGAGGUGCGAGAAAUGAGGGAGAUUUUAUGGGAGAAAAUACAAGAGCCAACUUCGCAAAGAAAAAUAAUUUUGGUGAUCGUCUGUAUCGCUCUGCUGUUAGACAACAUGUUGUAUAUGGUGAUCGUGCCCAUCAUACCCGACUACCUGCGCUACGUUGGCGCGUGGGGCGAGGAUGCCUACGACCACGUCGUCACCCUUGAACCUAUCAUUGAAGGCAACAGGACUAUCAUACCUACUAAAAUCAUCCCUGCUUCACAUGAGGGUCAAGACUCCGCAACCGGAAUUCUUUUUGCAUCGAAAGCUAUAGUACAACUCAUGAUAAACCCUUUCUCUGGUGCCUUAAUCGAUCGUAUUGGAUACGACUUACCAAUGAUGUUUGGACUUAUAAUAAUGUUUCUAUCGACAUCUAUCUUUGCUUGUGGGAGAAGCUACGGAAUGCUUUUUUUUGCUAGAAGCUUGCAAGGCGUGGGCUCCGCAUUCGCUGAUACGUCUGGAUUAGCAAUGAUUGCGGACAGGUUUACUGAAGAAAAUGAGAGAUCAAAAGCUCUAGGAAUUGCUUUAGCGUUCAUCAGUUUUGGCUGCUUGGUCGCUCCACCGUUUGGGGGAGCUCUAUACCAGUUUGCGGGGAAAGAAGUACCAUUCUUGAUACUUGCGUUGAUUUCUUUAUUGGACGGAUUCAUGUUACUACUGGUAAUGAAACCUCUAAAAACUCAAAUAAGAGAAGCAUCCCAGCCGAAGACAGCGGGUACUCCAAUAUGGAAACUUCUGAUGGACCCAUACAUUGCAGUAUGUGCAGGUGCACUAAUGAUGUCCAACGUUGCCCUAGCUUUUAUAGAACCAACAAUUUCACUGUGGAUGGAAGAUAACCUGACUAAGGAUAAUUGGAAAAUUGGUAUGAUCUGGUUGCCAGCAUUUUUUCCGCACGUCCUCGGUGUCGUAAUUACAGUAAAAAUGGCAAAGCAAUAUCCUCAACACCAGUGGCUGAUGGCCGCCGGUGGCUUGGCUUUAGAAGGGCUGUGCUGUUUUAUUAUACCUUUUGCCAGUUCGUACAAAAUGCUCAUGAUUCCUAUUUGUGGAAUUUGUUUCGGUAUUGCUUUGAUCGACACCGCUCUAUUGCCAACCCUGGGAUAUCUCGUUGACAUCCGUUACGUGUCAGUGUAUGGAAGUAUCUACGCUAUAGCGGAUAUCUCGUACUCGUUCGCCUACGCCGUGGGACCUAUAAUAGCUGGUGAAGUUGUGGAGGCAAUAGGCUUUACUGCCCUUAAUAUAUUCAUCGCGUUUAGCAAUCUACUGUAUGCUCCAGUUUUGAUGUAUCUAAGGCAUAUUUAUGACUUUAAGCCAUUUGAAAACGAGGCAAAUAUACUAAUGGCUGAUCCCCCCGAUAAGGAGUAUCAGACGUAUACCCUGCAAGAUCAAAGACCUGUGAAUGGGGAUUUCAAGAAUCAUUUAGAGUAUUCUAGCGUGCAGGGACAAGAUACCACGCAGGAGUCGAAUGUAGACGGCACGGGAAUGGAAUAUCAGCAGCAAUACCAGAAUUACUCCCAAGGAUAUGAGCAACAAAGCUACCAACAGGAGCCUUACAGCCAACCGCGGCAACUGCCAGUCCAGCCGCAACCUCAAGCAAGUAACCCGUUCAGAACCGCGACCACUCCCGGGCCUGCUGCUGCCCCCGCACCCUCAGCGGCUCCUCCCGUACAGAAUCCAGUGCGGAACCCAUUCCGACAAGGCUUUUAGAGCUCAGUAGUAUUGUUGUCUAUUUAAAUUUAACUUGUUGUGUAAUUAUAGUCUUCUAGUCUUCGAUCACUGAGCCGCAUUCGUGUGACAUCAUCAUCUUACUCGAUGUCUUUAGUAACGUGCUAUAUGUGUAGUACUUAUACAUUAUUGACUUGUUCACAAAAUGGUAUCUCAACAUUUAUGUACGUUGACGCUGUAGUUGUGUUAUUGGAUGAAACAUUCAAUUUAUUGAGACGCCAUUUUCUCAGCAUUUAUCUUUCUCUAUUAAUUGUUUUAAUAUUAUAUUUUACUGAUUACCACCGUUAAAAUGUUUCUAACAUUUGCUGUAAAUAUCUAAAACCAGCAUCGAUACUUUGUGUUGUAUUUGAUGUCGUAUUUUAAUAUUUUUAAUCUAAGAAACUGUAAUCUUUAUUCGAGUAAAAUACACAAUAUCAACACUAAUUCUGCCAUGAAUAUAAAUCACAUAAUGCUGGCCUAAAUUAAAUCAAUCUACUUUCUUACCCACAUAAAUUAAUAAGUAUGUUAAAUCAUAUGAUAUAUUAUAUUUAUUUCCUAACUUUUUAAAUCUUAAGAUCAUAUUUGAAAUAUGUCUUAAAUUUUUCACGUAGCUAGUUACAUUGUCUUCGAUGUGUGUAUAUUUGAAGUAGGUUCUUACGUAAGACAUUACUUGUAUUGGCUUACAGCAAUAUUAGGCUACUAUAUUUACUUAGAUAUAAGAGUAACGAUAUAUCAAUUAUAAUAUCAAUUAGGUAAGUUAGCUCUCAACUUGUGAUAGCUCGUUGCAACCAAGGUAACCAAACAUAUCAGAAUCUUUUGAUUCACCGUAGCUUAAGAUAAUUUAUUAAAUAUAUUUUUGUUUGUAUAACAACUAGUUAUAUUUGUAUAUUAAUCGAUAUUAUAAUACUUAAUAUAGACUUAAGAACUUACAUAUUAUUGAGGUGAUUCGAACCUGAGAAAUGAAAACUUGAUUCAUAUUUGAAUAAAUGAAUGGAUUCAAUAUCAAUUUCAAAAAUGUCACGUUUCAUAGCAAGAGUUUUAAUUUUUGAGACGCUUUCUUCAGUUCUAACUUAUGGUAUCAAGAAGUACAAAAUUAAGAAGAAGUUAAGAACGGUAUUUUUCUUAGAAACAACAUUUUUGUAAAAAUAAAAUCACUGAUAAUAAUAACGCAUUGGUUGCGCCAGGGAAUUUAAGUGGACUGUAUUUGUGGGGUAAAUCACUCAGGUGAACAGAAUAGGAAUAAUUGGAAUAAAGAUAAUGGCCGGUCCUCGUAACAUAGAGGAUCCUGGGAUCCUCUAUGUUACGAGUUAGUGAAAGUGCGGAGUUACGGGUUAGUGAAAGGGUUGCAUAUUAUUUGGACAACUGGCAUUACCACGUUUUAUUAUUAUACAAUUAUUACACUAUUAUAUUGUAUAAGUUGUGAUCAAUAUUGAGUCGAAGUAAUUAUUCAUUUAAAUAAUUCUUGUCAUCAAAAAAUAUUUAAAGGUUGACUACACGUGUUUCGUCGUUAUUUCUGAUAUAUAAAAUAAAAAUCAAGGUAAAUAAAUUCAACGUAAUUUUCUGGUGAAAUGUAAAACUAGAAACGUUGAGAUGACAUUAAAGUUUCAUUUACAUUUAUUGCGAAACGAAUGGCUUAAGGCGAAGCGUAAGCAGAAAACACGCAAACAUGGUGUUUUUAGACAAGUUUUGUGGUGAAAGUAUAGCAUUUCGAGCUAUGAACACUACUUAAUCCUGUUACACAUAUCCUUAAGUCUUAUUUGUAGGUUGCUUAUGCUCGCUGUUGGUUAUAGUUAACACUGCCGAGCCUUUUUGAACUACCACUUUUCUUUGAAGUUAAACAAGUUUUUUGGCAUGGCGUGACGCAUUUUUUUGGUACUUCUCUCAGAAAAGUUGUACUUAUUUGUGUAGGUUAAUUUAUUCAGAUUAGAAGUGAAUAACGAGGAUUGUAAGCAUAUAAACUGUUUUCCACGCAAGAAUUUUGAAAAUAUUGGCUUUGUUACAUAGAGUGCGGGCCGGCAGCCGUGAACUCAUACAUCAUCGCUGGCAUUUAGUGUCGCCUUAACCAGAACAAAACAUUGUCCAUUUCUCAUGACGUAACAUCCGAAUCACCUCAACCAUAGCCAUAAGAGGCGGCCAUCAGAUCUGUCAGUUUGUACGAAUAAAAUUAUAGCAAUAUGUUAGAUGUGACAGUUAUAGCAACGUGACCGAUUCGUCAAUUGUUGGAGUGCGGUGAUAGAACACGGAGCCAUAGCCACGCUGCUCUCAAUAUAUUUAACUUUCAAUAUUAUUAACAAUUUAUUCAUAAUGUUGCUGAGAUAUAUACAUGUGCUCCUUCCUAUAACAACGCGUUCCGCGUCAUAGAAAGCCGCUUUAUAGGAUUCGUAUAACGCGUUUUUACGACCUCGUAAUUCAUAAUAAUAAUAAUUAAUCAGAAUUCGUAAUAAGUAUUAUUUGCCUAGUUUUACGAUUUUAUUAGGGUUUUUAAUACACAAAUUUAAUAAAAUUAAUUAAUUUUGUAAUAACACAAUUGACACACGUGCAAAGAUACGCGAAGCUAAUUAAGAACCAUACAAAUAAUUAAAAAUAUCACAGUACAGAAAUAUGUAUGUGAGAAUUCUCGCGUUAUAUCGAGACAUAGCCGUAUUAUAAGUAUCAUUGAAAUCGCGUAUUAUGAAAACGCGUUAUUAGCGUACCGUGUUAUAGGGAAAGCGUAUUAUAUUUAACUCUAGUUACUACAAAUCGCACAUAUUCUGCUUGAAAAGGUCUCUAAAGAUAAAAAACACUGUGUCAGAACAUCAUAUUUAUAGCCUUUUCAGUAUAAAUUGACGGGUUGGGAAGAAACCGGCCACGACAGGUUUCGUAAGAUUAACCACAACCCAUUUUAGUAUCAAAAUUGACCAUAAUUUUUUUCAAAUAUAUAUAAAUGUACCGUUUUUAAUUUGAUUUUAUGAAUGAAGAUAUAUUCGUUAUCUAUUAAUAGAUAUACGCGAAGCGAGCGAGCUAAGUAAUUAGUGAUGGGAGUGUGACUAUGGCUUCGAGUUUAAAGUUUGCUGUGUCGAAAUUUUAAAGUCCUUCUCACACAGUGCUACACAAGCGAAUCGAUUCCCGUAUCGUUCAUAAAUUUUGAUUCAAAUUAAAUUUGUGUAUAUAAUCCCAGAAGUGAGGGUUAUCAAUUUAAAACAUAACAAAUUGUCAACAACAAUUUCUUUCUGUUCUGCUGAACUAAGUUCAUAUGAGAAGGACUUUAAUAAUUUAAAAACAUAUUCUAUUGUCGAGCGAUAUAAUUAAUGUAUUAUUUAGUAAUUUUUAUACCAUAAGAUUAGCCUGCAGAGUACAAUAGGAAAUGUAGUUCUCGGUCACAAUUCUGUAUGUUGUAAAAGCACACUACUGUUAGUAUAUCAAAUCAGGUCAAAGACCAAGUUAAAGUCAUGCUAACUUCAAAAACUUUGCAAACCGGCAGUAAAAAAUAUAAAUUUGACUAACGCUUUGUAAGUUUAUAUUGUCUGUGACAUUGGCAAACAUUUUUAUGCCAUUGAGAUAAUUAUCGCGUAUCCAUCUAUUUAAGUCGCUCUCUUAAAAGCGGUAUAAUUAGUUUGUAAGUAAUAUCUGCUUAUAGUUGUCAUUAUUUGAAUGUUUUUAGUAAUUAUUGUAGUGUUAAUGAAGAGUCGAUCAGAGAGAUCUGUAACGAUGUAAUUUAAGGUCAAUUUUCGUGUCAAAUUCUCCCGAAAUUCAAUUAAUUAGUAGUUUGCGCUGAGAAGUGUUUAUAAGAGAAUGUAUAUCUACUGGUGUGUUUCUACGACAGUUGCGUGUUGUAAGUAAGGCACAUUAAUAUAUUAUUACACAUUAAAUUAGGUAAUUUAUUAUAAAAUCAAGAUAAAUUUCGACUCUAAAAAGAGCGUAACUAUUACUACACAUCAAAACUUAAGUAAAGUAUGAUAAGUGCUUUACACAGUGAUUUGUCUGGGCUUAGAUUAAGGAUUGGUAUCCACUGGACUACUAGAUACCGCGCUACCUAAGAACAAUAGCUUUUUUAUUACGGUAACUAUUAGUUGCUUAUGUGCGUGGCAUCUUGACACUCAUCUUACAAAUUUUCUAACAUACGCUUCGUUUACAUUGAAAUUAAUAAAAUACAAAAUGCUUAGGUACUGAUGAUAUGUGAUCCUAGUGUCUUUCUUAUUUAUUGUUGUAUUAUUUUUACAAAGUUUUACUAUGCAACCCGGGUAUUUUAGUUUCAAUUAUUAUCAAAGUUUGAUAUUGUGGCACGUCAACGUCACACAUUGUUCUCCACGAGGCCACAAGAGACUGGCUCGAGUACGCCCACGGGCGUAGUAUUAGUUGCCGCACUUUACGACUAUGCCUGUGCUAUCUAGUUGGAUCGCAGCGGUCACCAAUUAUUAUCAUCUAAGUGUCUGUGUAUGUUUUGUUAGUCGCUAUAGAGAGAAUGGCGAUCUAUAGUUCUGAGUGCGAUGUAAACAGAGGUCAACCGUACCGUGGCAUCUCUUAGAGUUAUCUAAUAUGGUAACUGUCGUAGAAGUACAUGUGUCGGUAACAUUAUUAUAUCGCUUAUAUUAAUUGUAAGGUAUUUUGUCUAAUAUUUUAUCUUAGCAAUAAUAUAACCAGCUAUAUAUCACAUACAUAUCAUUAGCGUUAAGAUUAUACAACUAAUUAUAUAAAUUAGGAUUAGUACAUUAUAAAGCCAUGGCCACACUAGCAGGCCUUCACCGAACGAUUCGCGUGACGAAUAUGCUCGCGCCGCAUUGAUGGAUAUGGAAACACGCACAGUUUUACGACUAGAAAUAUCAAAUACUAGUUUUGUAUUACAUAUUGUAACCGAAAUAUUAAAAACUAUUAGCUGCCCGUUGCAUUCGCAACUAAAGGUUUUAUCUCAAUAAAAUGUUUAAUAUGAGAAUAAUCAUCAACAGAGAGAGUUGUCAUACUGAAAGAUGCAGGGCAAGCCUGUCAGCCAUUAAGUUGGCAUACUGACUUCCCAUUCUGCACGGACGCACGUCAAGAAAGGGUAAUUAAAUAAGAUUAUUUCAAGCAAUUUGUAGCGAUUAUUCGAUGUAAUAUCGGUUGCUGUUUUUUUUACGCCCAGACUAAGGGCUACCCUCCAGGAUAACGGGAAGGAGGUGGUGAAUGCUAAUGCAUACCAACGCAGCCUAUGACUGUGUUGGAUAUGUGAGACUCACGUAAAACAUAAUUGCUUAAAUCACACCUGCCUAAACACAACCUGAGGUUGGCUUUGGGCGAGUGCCCUUUAAGCCUUCAUCGAAGGCGACCUUCUCUUAGGGAGAGACAGGCGCAAGCGGCACUCCCUAUGGAGUAUCCGCUGGGAUAUAGCACAGAAGAUGCUAUCUAAUUGGGACUAGUGACAUCAGAAGGAUGAUCACAAACAGGAAGUAUCAGUUGCUGUCUGAAUACCACAAAAUUUAUAAGCGCGAAGGUAUUAUAGUUCAGUAAAGCGACCACAGCGUCACUGACUCUUGGUAUGAUAGUGUGGACAUGGCUUAUUGUAAGUAUUUUUUAUGAAUGUUGUGAAUUUACGCACACGGCUACCCACGUGGUACAUUGCCAUUUAAGUAUAUAUAUUACUAUAUUAUAUUAGAUUUUACAUUUCAAUAUAAAUUAUUAUUGAGCUAUGCAAAAUACAUAUCGUCUGGCGCCAAUUUGACUAACAUUUGUGAUAACCAAUUAUCUGUAUACAAAAAGAAUUUUACCAUUGUAAUGAAUACAUAAAUCUUCAGUCCAUAUUUUUACUCGCUUCAUUCUUACAGAGUUAUUAGUUACGAAUGAUUGUAUGCUUGUGAAUGUAUGAUUUUUGGUUCUGUGUGUUGUGUGUAUGUAGAGAUAUACUUUAGUAAUCUUUCCAUGUCUUCGCUACAAGCUGCAAGCACUAGUUCCGUCUAUUAUAAUUACAAACUAUAAAAAACUGUGUUUGGCACAGUCUCUCUUCCAAAUAAUUUUAUUAUUUUUAAAGUUAUUCAAAUUCAAAUUCAAAUAUAUUUAAUUCAAAAUAGGAUGUGACAUCACUUUUAAAAGUCAAAAAAUUACCACCCAUUCCAAAAUGAAUGCCUCAGACCUGAGAAGAAUGGGCGCAACAAAGUCAGCGGGCUUUUUUUUUUCAUCGAAUAAAUAUGUUUACAAAGUAAUAUUGUACAAUUAAACUUAUUAUUUAUUAGCCUGAGGGUGGUCACUAUAUUCCCAAUCUGUGGUAUCAUUAAGAAAGUCAUUUAUGUUAUAGUAACCUUUACCACAAAAACGUUUUCUAACAAUUCUUUUGAAUAACGUUAUACUUUUGUUUUGAAAUUUUCUGGGAUCGUGUUGUAAAAGCAUAUACAUCGCCCCACAAAAGACUUACUAACUCGACUUAGCCAAGUAGUAGGCAUCAUAAGUUUAUGCCUGUUCCUGGUGUUAACAUUAUGGUUAUGACAGUUUCUGGCAAAUGUUUAUGUAUGACAGUUUAUGUGUGGCGUAUCAUAUAAUAUAUUUAAUAAUAAAAAAUAAAAAUAUAUUCGAAUACACAUAUACAGAUCUAGAUAUUAUUUAUUGAACUUUCUACAGCCCCGCGCUGACCGCUUUCUCUGACUCGAUAGCACCAGAAACGGUGAUCUAGGAUCAUAGUAAAAUAUAUCCUGAAGUAUUUUUUAUGACAAUAAGGGACGAGACGACUAGUACGUUCAGCUGAUGGUAACUGAUACACCCUGCCCAUUACAAUGCAGUGCCGCUCAGGAUUCUUGAAAAACCCAAAAGUUCUGAGCGGCACUACAAUUGCGCUCGUCACCUUGAGACAUAAGAUGUUAAGUCUCAUUUGGCCAGUAAUUUCACUAGCUACGGCGCCCUUCAGACUGAAACACAGUAAUGCUUACACAUUACUGCUUCACGGCAGAAAUAGGCGCCGUAUUUAAAUACUUCUAAUGGUUAGUGUUUGCAGCUAGUAACGUUGUCUAUUAGAUCGAUACCCGUCCGCUAGGUCUAUUUAAAAUUGUAUAUUAUUUAAAUUUAAUACUUAACGAUCACAUAACAGUACAAUGAUGACAUGCACGUCAAUUUCCAAUGAGGCUAAAUGAUAGAAAACGGUUGCCGUUUCAUAAAUCAAUAACGGCCGUUUUCAAUAACCUAUCUACCCUUAGUUUAAUUUACCAGAGGUAGACAAAUCUAUACUUUUGCGCAUAAUUACAUUUCAAUAACCUAUUGACAGAGAGCAUUGGACUAUAACUAUAUUGGACAUAACUAUGGAUAGAUAAGAUCUUGUCAUUAAACGGUGACAGGAAUGUAUUCGUAAGCUGAACUAAGGAUAGAUAGGUAAUUGAAAACGGUCGUAAAUAUUCAAAUUUGGAAGCGCGCGUAUGUUUCACCUUAAUCAUAAACUAAACUCAACAUGUCUCGCCUUUUAUUCAGAGAGUUUUUAUGUAAAGUAAGUUACAUAAAUUCAAAACUUAAUUCACAUUCUAGUCACAUGUAUAUUUAAAUUCUUAAUUAUAAAUAAUGAUAUUAAUAGAUAUCAAUAUGUUUUUCAAAAAUGUAAAUAUCGAAUAAAGGCACACAGAAUGAGUGAUAACAAUAAGGCCUUUCGCAGAUGACACACUUUUUGUGCUAUCGAGUCUGCGGUACACAAAAAGUCUGCAUUGCGUGCAAAAUGUCUUUUUCAGAUAUUUUACAGACUCAACGCACACGACAUACACUUUCGCUCAUUUUGUCGACAGAACUGUAGGGAUGUACACGCAAUGGAAGAACAGAGAUUGUGGUGUAUUAUUUCGUACUUGAGAUAUAAAAAAGAAAAAGAAAUACAGAAUUUUGGGUUCAUCUUAUUCUUUAAGAACGAUUAUAAAAGGGACUGUUUCAUAUUUAUAUAUUCAGUUCUAAAACUAUAUCCAAAUAAAUUUGCACACUUCAUCCCACAAUUUUCAUUUUUUAAUUUCUGCCAUGAUACUCUGCUAAAGAUGUAUCAUACAGUGCUAGUAUGUUUUCUAUUUCUUGAAUCAACAUCGAUACAUCGAUGUCUAGCGCCAUGAUACACGUCAAUCACUAGCAAGUGAUGGCUAUAGACCAAAGUGAGCGUCGUCUGCGUUAGCGCGUGUUAACGCGAACUUUAUUUAUUUUUUUGUCACACUUUGUGUACGUCGAGGUGCGGCGCGGUCCGUCAGAUCUACGUAGAUAUUUUGUGUGUCAGACUAUACUGUACUUUACUGUACUGCAUAUAAUUCUAUAUGAUUUAUUAUCACAGACUAAAAGUGCGUCACGGAUAGUCUGUCGUCUACGAUAGGCCUAAUACUUAUCAGCACAUUAUAUAUCACUUUAUAUUUAUUUGUGUGCAAAAUCGACUCAAUAGCUUAACAAAAUAACUAGUUCUAGUAUAUAAUAUGUCCAAAAGGACAAUGUGUUUAUAUACUCUACUAGUUCUUGCAGUAAUUCUUAGAUAAAAUGUUUGUGAUUACGACCAAGUGAUUUAAAUAUACCAAGUCAUGUUGUACCAAAAUUGAUUGAUUUAAAAGUUUAUGUUUUUGUAAAAACACACAUUUUAAAAGAUUUUUCGUAAACAAAGAUAACCAAAUUGUGUCAUUUUAGUAGAUUAUAUUAAUUUUUUGUGUUAUUAAAUAAAUAAAAAUAACAACAUCAUAUGUGGAUCCCUUUAAGUAGGUACUCUCAAUCAAAUCAAAUCAAAAUCACUUUAUUCAUGCAGGUCACGGAAAUGACACUUAAGAAUGUCAAAAAAACAAAAUUCUUAUUGAAUAUACUUCUACUUCGUAGAGGAUUGAGCUAAUACGAGGAAGUAGCAAGAGACUCAUUGCCCUCUUUUAAAUCAUGAUUUACAUUUUCAUCCUUUUACAAAUCAUUUCAAUUACAAUAUAAUAUGUAAAGUUAUGCAACAAACAUAUUCAAACGUCAAAUAGUAAAUGCCUUACACGAGUAAGUCAAAAAAGUAAAUGUAUAUUAAUACAAAGUUAUUAAGUACAGUAGCUGCAUCAUCCACACACACCGUAAAUAAAUAAAGGUAUUCUGUGAGCAUUUUAUAAGCGAUUUCAAAUAAAAUCACAUAGAUAGUAGAUGUUAUUUUGUUAUUAUUUUUAAUUUUUUUCUGUCUGCUACUAGAAUAGUAUUAUUUCAGUAAGUGAAUUUUGUAAUUAUUUUUGAGAUAAAUAAGUUUGUUUGAUGUUGAUACAUAGAUCAGUUGAUCGGUUGAUUGUAAUCAAAUUGCGGGUAAAUCUUGUUUCGCUGAUGUCGGAACCCUCGCUCAUUGGAUCGUUAACGCUAGCUUUCAUCUCGUACAAAUUGAGUUGGCGAUAUUUUAUCUAUUUAUAGUAUUUUUUUUAUUUGAUUUACAUUUUAGAUCUUUAUCUUAAUUUUCUUGUAUUGUGGGCAAUGUUCUGAACAAGUUUUUAGUGUAACUGAUAAGUAAGGUUGCUAAAUUUAACUUUCAUCGUAUCCCUCGUCUACUUAAGGCUGGGGACUGAGCCAACGGCCUUGAGGAAUCGAGCGAAGCUAGGUUACCUCUACCGUACAAAAUCGCCAUAGUUUAAAUUCAGAAUUAGAAGUAUUUUUAUUACAAACAUAAUACAUUUUCUUUCCAAAAUUAACAAAACUAUGUUAUGUUAAAUAGUAUUGGUAAAUAGUUAAUAAGUUUUCAUACAAUUUUUAUCUAGAUUGAAUCAUUAAUAUGGCUCCAACUAUAAAAGUUAAGGGUACUCUGGUGAAUUUGUAUCGCCAUGUCUAUGAAAGGUAGAAAUGUAAAAAAAUAUUUUUUCUUGUCAAAUUCUGUAGCUAUACCUAUAACUAUUUUUCUGUAAAAAUUAAGGCUUAAUAUAAAACGUUUAGAAAUUUUCAUUGAGUUAAGUUUCGC